GUGGGUGCUCGACACCUGAUCCCCCAGUGGCUGCCCGCCCUGCCAGGUUCUGGUGGAAGGCUGCUCCAGAAGUGGUAGCACUCGUGCGACCCAUGGCUUUGGCCGGGCCUGAUUUCCCUGCGUGAUUCGCGAUGAGUUCAUCUCAUGUGUCCCCUGGAGACCCCGUCCUCGUCUCAUGCUGUCUUCAGAGGCCUCGCCCCGGCAGGAGGAGCGGUGCCUUGUGUUGCGGUUUCGGGAUGUUCUUGUCGAACCGGCCGCUUUCGAGCAGGGUGUCGGCGUGAGGGGCAGAACCGUGUGCCUGGGAGUGAAGUCGCUGGUCUUUUCCCUCUCCCCUUGGGUUUGUAAGGAUAUAGGAGAAACGGGCAGAAGAAUGAGCGGGAUUUCCUCCCGUAGGAGCGACCGUUGUUUGGGAUCAGGGACUACUCGUUAUUUUGUUCUAGGCUGAAGGGCACUUUGGGUCUGGUAUUCCUCAUUUCUGCAAAUUGCUGAAAGGGUGGAAAUGCGUGUCUGGGUGGGGAUGGAAGUGUGAUGGGGAUGCUAGAGCACACGGAAAAGAGAAAUUGGAUUUGUGCUCUGCGCGAAAACCACGUGCCAGAUAAGAGGGAAAACAGGCAGCAUAAUCGGAUGGUUGAAUGCAUUCCGCGAAUCAGUCGCGUGCCUCAUUCUGCUGUUCAGAUGGGGUCUUUAUUUCGUUUUUUUCUUCCUCGAAGAUGCUUUUUUGACACUGUCAUUGGUUGUCUUCACUGCGACUUCACUGUGAAGCUGUCCUCUUUGGUGGCCAUUCCAGGGGGGCUAACCCACUCCCCCUUCUGACAGAGGGCAGUGGCUUGUCAGAGUCGCUGGGUAGCAAAGGUGUGGGCUUCCAGCGGAGUUCAUGCAGGCCCUGUACUGUCUUUCUGAAGAGCCCGUGUGCUGGGCCGGAGAAUACUGGAAUGCAUCAGGGCGUCGCUGAAGGCAGAGGAAGAGAGCUCCUUCCUUCCUCCACGUCUCCCUGGUCUUGGAGGUGAAACGUAGUGCCCCCAAGGUGCCGACCCCUGGGCAGAGGCGCUUCUUGCCAUAGCGGGCAGCAAGCAUUCAACGUAGCCCUGUUUCUGCUGACACUUGGGCAGACGGGCGCCGCUACAGUGCCACUAGGUGAACAACAGAGAAACAGCCAGUGAAAGCAACUUUUUGAAAUGCCCCACACAGGCCAAGCGUGUCAGGACGCUCAGCUGGGCAGUAGGAUUGAUCGUCAGAACAACGGUCAGCUGGAAAUACGGACACACGGAGACAAAGAAACCCCAGGCUAGGGUUGUGUAGUGUGUACUUAAGUAAAGGUACAUCACAUGAUGGAAAAAACCCCCACCGUUUUUUCUUUUUUUUAUUUUGCCGCGGCGUACAAGGGAAAAGAGAGUGGCUUAUGAAAAAAAAAGAGAAAAAAAGGCCAAACUGCUGCGUUUCCUUGGUCAGCCUGACACAGGAGUCAAAAAUCUCUCCUGCAGUGCUGCAAUUGCCGGCCGAGACUGCGGGCGCCGCUGUUCACCAGGCGGGAACGGAGCGCGGCGAGAUGCGGCCGCCCCGCCCGCCGGGACACGGCUCGGGGAGAGAGAGAUCCGUCCUGAGCCGCAAGGCGGGAGGCAGGACCCUGCCGGCAGGAGUCGGCGGCGCUGAGCUCUCGCCUCGGCGCCGGCCGUGCCGGACCCGCGCCGCACGGUGCAGGCGGGGGAGCGGGGCGGCGGCGGCGGCGCUCCCCGGUCGGCAGGGCAAUGAGCGGGGCGCCAAGGCGCUGCGGCCGGCGGAGGCUAGCGCUGCUGUGGUGCGCCUUGGCGGCGGCGUGGGAGCUGGCGUGGGGGCAGCUGCGCUACGCGGUGCCCGAGGAGAUGCAGAAGGGCUCUUUCGUGGGCGACGUGGCCAAGGACCUGGGGCUGGAGCUGGCGGCGCUCCGCCAACGCGGCGCCCGUGUCGUUUCCGAAGGUAGGAGGCAGUAUUUUGCUCUGCAUGAGAAGACCGGCCAUUUAGUGACGGCGGAACGCAUAGACAGAGAGCAGCUCUGCCGGGUGGUGGAGAAAUGCGUGCUGCGCUGUGAGGUGAUAGUGGAGGGCGAAAUGAAGGUUUAUGCAGUCGAAGUGGAAGUCAGGGACAUUAACGACAACGCGCCCAUUUUCAAGGAAGUGCAGCUGGAGGAAAAAAUGAGCGAGACAACAGCCCCGGGGUCGCGGUUUCCCCUGGCUGAGGCUCACGACCCGGACGUCGGGAGCAAUUCCCUGCAGCGCUACGAGCUCAGCGGCGACCAGCACUUCUCCCUGGCCGUCCAGACGGGAGCCGAUGGGGAGAAGCGUCCCGAGCUGGUGCUGGCGCAGGCGCUGGACCGGGAGGAAAGCGCCUUCCACGAGCUGGUGCUGACGGCGGUGGACGGCGGGGAGCCGGCGCGGACGGGCACGGCGCGGAUCCGCGUGCUGGUGCUGGACGCGAACGACAACGCGCCGGUGUUCAGCCAGGCGGUGUACACGGUGCGCGUGCGCGAGGACGUGCCCGUGGGCUCCACCCUGCUCACCGUCAGAGCCACCGAUGCCGACGACGGGCUCAACGGAGAGGUGAAAUACAUUUUUCAGAAAAUUUCCGACAUGGCUUCAGAGAUUUUCCAGCUGGACCCUGAGACAGGAGAUAUAUCUCUCAUGCAUGAACUGGACUUCGAAGAAAUCUCCUCACAUGAACUGGGGGUGCAAGCACGGGACGGCGGGGGCCUUUCCGACACGGCGAAAGUCGUGGUCGCAGUGACCGACGUCAACGACAACGCGCCCGAGAUCUCCGUGCGGUCGCUGCUGAGCGCGGUGUCGGAGGACUCUCCCGCCGGGACGGUGGUGGCCCUGCUGCACGUGCAGGACCGCGACUCGGGGGCGAACGGGGAGGUGAGGUGCUCGCUGGGCGCGGGGCUGCCGUUCCGGCUGCGGAGCUCGCUGGGCAGCUACUACAGCGUGGUGACGGCGAGGGAGCUGGACCGCGAGGAGGUGUCGGAGUACAACGUGACGGUGCGGGCGACGGACGGCGGGGCGCCGGCGCUGCGCAGCAGCGCGGUGCUGCCGCUGCGCGUGCUGGACGUGAACGACAACGCGCCGGUGUUCGCGGAGGCGCGCUACAGCGCCUGGCUGCCCGAGAACAACGCCAAGGGCGCGCUGGUGUUGACGGUGCGGGCGGCGGACGCGGACUGGGGGCAGAACGCGCGCGUGCGGUACCGGCUGUGCGAGGGGCAGGUGCGGGGCGCGCCGCUCUCGUCGUACGUGUCGGUGCACGCGGAGACGGGCGCGCUGUACGCGCUGCGCUCCUUCGACUACGAGGAGGUGCGCGAGGUGGGGCUGUGGGUGCGCGCGGAGGACGGCGGCGCGCCGGCGCUGAGCAGCAACGUGUCGGUGCGGCUCUUCAUCGUGGACGAGAACGACAACGCGCCGCAGGUGCUGUACCCGCCGGCGGCGCCGGGCGCCGGCUGGACGGGCGUGGAGCUGGCGCCGCGCGCCGCCGAGCCCGGGGCGCUGGUGGCCAAGGUGGUGGCGGUGGACGCGGACUCGGGGCAGAACGCCUGGCUGUCCUACGAGCUGGCCAAGGCCACGGAGCCGGGGCUCUUCCGCGUGGGGCUGCACAGCGGCGAGGUGCGCACGGCGCGGUUCCCGCUGGCGCGCGACGCGCUGCGGCAGAGCCUGGUGGUGGUGGUGAGGGACCACGGGCAGCCGGCGCUGUCGGCCACGGCCACGCUGACGGUGGUGCUGGCCGAGAGCGUGGCCGAGCUGCUGUCGGACCUGGGCGGCGCGGCGGCGCCGGGCGAGCCGGGCGGCAGCCUGACGCGCUGGCUGGUGGUGGCCGUGGCGGCCGUGUGCUGCCUCUUCCUCGCCUUCCUGCUGGCGCUGCUGGCGCUGCGCCUGCGGCGCUGGCGCCGCUCCCGGCUGCUGGCGGCGGGCAGCGGCGCCUCGCGCGCCGUCGCCGCCUCGCCCUUCGUGGGCAUCGACGGCGUCCGCGCCUUCCUGCACUCCUACUCGCACGAGGUCUCGCUCACCGCCGACUCGCGCAAGAGCCACCUCCGCUUCCCGGGCGGCAGCUGCUCCAACACCCUGCCGGCCGCGCCGCCGCCCGACAAAUGCGCGCCGCUGCUGCUGCCCGAAGAGCCCUCGAGUGCCCGCGCCGACAGCGGAGACGCCCUCCCGGUGAGUCCCUCUAGCGAGGGUUUCCAUGUCGUUCUUCACUCCGCCCGUCCUCGCGCCUUUGCCCCUCCGCGCCCCUCCGCAGGGCUGCUUGUCCCUUUGCUUUCCUGGUCGUCGUCGCUUCUGUCACAUAGCGGUGGAGUAGCAAGCAGAGGUAGAGGCAGAGCUAAGGGUAUGGCUGCGAUUGCUUCGAAGGUCCCUGUUGCCCACAGACUUUCCUUUUGCAGCGCUGCAGAUGGUGCCGAACUGUCAGGAACGUAAACACAUUUUUAAAGCGUGUUUUCUUCGUGAGUGCCUUGUUCUUUGCAUUUUUUUCCUAAAGCCUCUCAAUCGGUCCCUGAUGUUCUCGCCCUCCUCUCAGAACACGCCCUUUUCAUGGGAUACUAACUCUUUAAAACGGAUGUAAUCAGUACGCGGGUAAUGGAAUCGCAAGCAUUUAGCGUUAGCAUUAGCAUUUAGCGUUUAACAUUAGCAUGACCCUAGAUGACCCUCUGGUGUGUCUUCGUCCGUCCGAAGUAGAGUGCGAGCAUUUGUUGGUGAGGAAGACCUUGGUGAGGAGGAAGAGCAUGUUCACAGAGAGACUGUCUGUCCCUUCCUGGCAGAACGAUGUGACCCUUCAUUCCCAGAGAGCAGGAGGUUUCUUUGCUGAUGCAGGCACAGGCUGCCGCCGUGGUGCACGCCAGGGCACAGGUGUCCGUGUUGCAGCCAAAUCUGGCCUUGGCUAAGGAGGGAAACAGGGACUGGGUUGAUUUGACUUUCUUUCCAGGGGCUGAGGACCACCGUCCUCCGGGGGAGGCGCUAGGAAAAGGAGUGAUGCUUGUGGUGUGUUCUGAGCCUGACCAUUGCUCUUGCCUCAGUGGUGGGGAAACGAGGCAAGAAGAGCCUUUGUGUGGAAAAUGACUUUCCUCGUUGUGUCUAGGAUCCACAGAGAAGAGCCAUGAGCUGCAGGAGGGAGGACGCUGGCCACAGAGCUAGCGUAGCACUGUGAUCAAUCCUGACUGUAUGACUGCAUGGAAGAGAAGUGAGAGGUUCAGGCAUGGCAUGGUGGGAAGUAGAGCCACCUGGGCCUUUACCUGUUUUGGCCGUGACUUCCACUUCUCAUUGUGUCCCAAUGUUCGGCACGUUAAGUGUUAAUCAGUGGGUAGUGACAGAAGGGUGAGCGUGAUUUAUCAGAAUGCAGUGUGUGUUUUCCAAAGCGGAGGUACUGCCACCUCGUUCAGGAGACCGUUCCUAGAGUGUGUGCCUAAGUAUUGCUGGUUCCCUCCUGGAAUUUCCUGCUUGUCUGGGAGAAUAGUUGCAGCUGCAGAUGGAGCAACACAGGCACCACUUGACCUAGGCAGGGAAUCUCUGUUGUGCUCUUCCCAGGGUACUCCACUGUCUUGAAAGGGGAGAAAAACCACUGUAUGUUCAUAGACGGCAGCCUAUCCUUAGGCCUUGAAAGUAUGGGUGAAGUGUGAGAAAGCAGGCUGGAGUAUGGUUCCCAAUGGUGCGUGGAGCCCUUGAUGUCAGUACAAUGAUGUCAGAAUGCGGUGCAUGUUUUCCAAAUUGGAUGUACUGCCACCUCGUGCUGGAGACCGUUCCUAUAGUGUGUGCCUUAGUAUAGCUGGUUGCCUCCUGGAAUUCCCUGCUUUGGGAGAAGAGUUGCAGCAGAUGGAGUAAGAGGCUGGAGCAGCGAAAUGGCUGCUUGCUGAGUUCCAGGUUGUGAAAUCUGGGUGCAUACAACACAGGCACCACUUGACCUAGGCAGGGAAUCACUGUUGUGCGUGGAGCCCUUGAUGUCAUUACGAGAUGAUAGAAUGCUUUCUUAGUUCUUAGGGGAACUGAAAAACUUUCGUGUCAAGUCGAUAUCACUGUCUCACUGGGCCUCAGAGGUCAGAGGCAAUGCAGUUCAAUGAACGCUGCCCCAGCCUAGAACUGUGCUCUAUAAAAAUAUAUAUACCUGUUUUUUAUGGAAGAUGUGUGUUUUUCAUCUCUUUAAGCCUUCGUAGAGUAUGAAUCCAGUGAUGGCUGUGCCUGUUCCCAGAGGUGGCCAACACUGAGAAUGAGUAGAAGAAUUGCAGUGCAUCUCUCCCAUUUUCCUCGCACCUCCAACACAUGUGGUUUCUGGGGCCUUUUCUUUAUUGUUUUUCGACUGACGGUCUGGAGUCAUUGAAGUCUUCUGGACAUUUGCCUCUCUGUGGGAAUGCUGUCACGCCGGCAUCCUCUGCAUGUCUCCAGCUUUAUGGUGUUGCUGUGACCAAUAAUGUUUGAAUGCAGUGUGUACUCAGGAACCUGAUAGUGCUGGUAGGAUACUUGUUUGGGAUGACAUCAGGGGCAAAAGUGGAAAUGGUGAGAACACGCAGAAUGUUGUAGUGAUCUUGUCAAGAAGGCGAUUACUUUCUCCAUCACGUUCAAUACAGAUAUUGGGACCAGGAGCCCUUAGGUUAUGUCUGCAAUGCGAGACAUCCUGUUAUUCCUCUCAUGAUCCUUAGCUUACAGUACAGGCAGUGCUAUGAGAAUAAUAUGUACGUGAUUAAGCUCUUUUCUGUAGGCAUUGCA